AUGCCUUACCCAGAGAAGUUCACUGGUUUCCAGGUCAAUGGACCAGACAGCUGGACCGAGUUCCACAAGAACGAGUUCCAGCCCAAGCCUUUCGGCGACUACGAUGUUGAUGUCGAGAUUGAGUGCUGCGGCGUCUGCGGCAGUGAUGUCCACACUCUUUCUGGCGGCUGGGGCGAGCAGUUCUGGCCAUUGGCUGUCGGUCAUGAGAUCGUUGGCAAGGCCGUCAAGGUCGGCCCCAAGGUCACCCUCAUCAAGGAGGGCCAGCGUGUCGGUGUUGGUGCUCAGUGCUAUUCCUGCCUAGAGUGCCGUCAGUGCAAGAACGAGAACGAGACCUACUGCUUGAAGCAGCUAGACACAUACGGCUCCAAGUGGCCUGACUCCGGUGUCAUCUCACAGGGUGGUUACUCCUCUCACUCGCGAACACAUGAGCACUGGGUUUUCCCCAUUCCCGAUAAGCUGGACUCAAAGACUGCUGCGCCCAUGCUUUGCGCCGGCCUGACAGCUUACUCCCCUCUUGUUCGCAAUGGCUGCGGGCCUGGAAAGAAGGUUGGUAUCGUCGGUAUGGGUGGUAUCGGCCACUUUGGUCUGCUAUUUGCCAAGGCUCUCGGCGCUGAGGUCUGGGCUAUUUCGCGGUCGCACGCCAAGGAGAAGGACUGCCUCGCCAUGGGCGCCGACGGCUUCAUCGCCACUGCCGAUGAGAAGUGGGCCGAGCCGCACACCAUGACCUUCGACCUGAUCCUCAACACCGCCAACAGCUUCGAGGGCUUCGACCUGAACGCCUACCUCAGCAUGCUCGAUGUUCACGGCAAGUGGGUCAGCGUCGGUCUGCCCGAGGACGAGGGUAUCAAGAUCCGCAACCAGACCUUCCUGACCAACGGCUGCUUCAUUGGCUCCAGCCAUCUCGGCAGCCGCCGCGAGACCCUGGAGAUGCUUCAGCUCGCUGCCGACAAGGGCAUCAAGACAUGGAUCGAGGAGCUGCCGCUGGGCCCCGAGGGCCUGAAGGAAGCCAUGGUGAGGCUGAAGAAGAGCGAUUGCCGCUACCGAUUCUGCAUGACGGGCUAUGACAAGCAAUUCGGCAAGAGCGCAUAA